AACACCGAAAGUCUUCGUUCAGUUUGACUUGCUAAUUGCUUUUAAUAGUUUGCUUUAGAGUUUGCUUCGGUAGUUUGCUUCGGUCGUUUGCUUAGUAGUUUGUUCCAUAGUUCGCUUUGGUAGUUUGCUCUGGUAACACAGAUAUAAACAAAACUCAAAGCUCAAGUCUGAAUAUACGACGAUACGACGAAUGUUAUUUUUAAACUCAAACGGAAUCAUCAACAUCUGCCAUUUGGAUUGUGGAUCGAAUAUCGAACGUUUAACGUAAAGUCUGUAUCUUUGUAAGCAAGGAUUUAGGAGCACCAAGAAAUGAAGAUCUAGAUCAAGAGUUUAAGCGUACGUAGGAAACGAAAAAUGUAUAAAUGCCUUGAAUAUAUUCCACACAAGUCAUUCAACGUAUAUGAAAGACUACUGCUUGUCUUCUUUGGUACAUUCCUUUUGAUAAUUCUCGGUAUUUCAAUCAAUAUGUAUGGUGUUACUUCGUUUUAUUGCUCAAUAGAGGUGAUACCAACUACUAAACAUGAAUCUUUAUUGAGAAAUAUUGAAUCAGAUUGUUGGAGAAAAUACAACGAGGAGAUAACAAUAAACUUCCCGUUAAUUCUCAUCAUUACUUUAAACUUCGGUAUUUUUUUACUUGCGACUCUCAUUUAUGGAUAUCUAGUGAAGAAUAGAGUUGAAAAAUAUGCUCAGCUUAAUCUAAAAGAAUUUGUUGAUGAAAGUGAUCAAGCCUUAGUUCCACAAGUUAUUCAAGACACUCCUCUGUCUAGCAAAAAUGCAUCUCGCUUUUCCACAUUUCUGAUUUACAUCUUUUAUUUGGUUGCUCGGCAUGUCAUAUUGUCUAUAUUUGCUGCCAUACUUUUCUCAGCAAAGUAUCCAACCGACUACUCCUGCUCAUGGCAUCCUAAGAUGAAAGAAAACCCUUUAUCAAACCACAAAUUUCUAUUUUCACACAACGUCACAUCAUUUGAUUGCAAGAAUCCGAAAGGUGAUAAAAGCGAAACUUUGAUCUGGGUUAUUGCAAUUGCUAAUGUCAUCGUAAUAAUAUUGACAACUUUAGAGCUGUGUUACUUAGCGUAUUUAGCUUUCAAUGACAGUUACAUUAUGACUGAGCAGGAAUUUUGUAUGGUUUACUUAUUACGAACACGCCAAAGUAAGUGGUUGGAAAAACUCAAACGUAAGUUUUACACGCACAAAAUAUUUGAAAUACACGAUGAUUUUGGAGAUGAUGUAAAUGCCUGGCGAAAUGUCAAAGAUGUUUAUGUAAAUGUCGUAAUGCAAGCUGAAAGGCAGUUAAGAAAGUCUUACCCAGACACUUUUGAAAGGCAUGAAAUAUUCCAUUGUCAUCUCAAAAUUAGAAACGAUGCUGUAAAAAUCACACGUGCGACACAAAUAUUUUUGCCAGUCCAGAGUAAGAAAGAUCAGUUGUAUCCUCGAUCCAUUUUAGUGAUAGGAAGACCAGGAAUUGGUAAAACUAUGUUGACGAGAAAGCUUAUGCAUGAAUGGAAGAAUACUUCGGACAAAUUCUGGACUGAUAAAAUUGUGCUUUUAAUCCGAUGUCGUUCGUUUAAAGAAGACGACAUGACGCUCAAAGAAAUGCUAGGUGAUUGUGAUGGGUACUCUGUUGGACAGUUUGCACAAAUUUAUGAUUUUGUACUGUUAAAUCCUGAUAGAACAGUACUUAUUUUUGACGGUCUUGAUGAGCUUUCUCUGAACAAUGAACAUCUUAGAACUGAUGGCUCAUUGUGUGUUAAUGCAAAAAGGCCAGCGUUUACACUACUGAGUAUGUUAGUUGAAGGAAGAUUGCUGCCUGGUGUUACUGUUUUUAUAACAUCGCGGCCCACGGCGCAACAUGCCUUUGAACUACUAAAGUUUGAAAGGACUGUGGAGAUCCUGGGAUUUCUUGAGGAUCAGAUUAAGGAAUAUGUUUUCAAGUUUUGUUGGAAAGACAAGAGUACUGCUAGAAAGAUUUUCGAUCGCAUUGACAGUUCUCUAGAACUUCGGAGCUUGUGUUAUAUUCCCGUUAACUGUUACAUCAUUUGCCUGACCUUGAAGGAAAGCUUCAUCAAUAAUGCUGAGGAUAUUCCAAAGACUAUCACCGAAUUAUACAAAAGAGUGGUGAGAAUCUUACUCUGGAGACACCAUCCACGCUGCAAAUCAGGAUCAAUACCGAAGCCAGACAGGGGUUAUUUUGUAAAGCCUUUACCAAGCGAGCUUGAUGAUGAAAUACAGAAGAUGAAAAGCCUUGCAAAGAAAGGAAUGGAUGAAGGGAAAUUGAUUUUUGAUGAAACACACCUUACAGGCUUUGAAGAUCUAGUUAAUUGUGGUUUACUUCACCAAAUACCAGACAAAAGACGGAAUUAUUUUUGCUUUCUUCAUUUGACUCUUCAAGAGUUUCUUGCUGCAUGGCGCGUUGUUGACGACUGGAAAAGCAUUGGAAAGUUUUUGGAUGAUCAUCAGGCAGAUCCUAAAUGGCAUUUGGUGAUAGAGUUUGUUGCUGGUUUAGUUGGCGACUCGAAGAAAGAGAAUAAAAGAAUGAAUCUCGACGAUGUUCAAAUGAGACUUGAAAAAUGGAUCUUGCAGCUGAAAUCUAGCGAUGGUUGCAAAACCAUUGGGUUUCUUGGCAUUAAAUGCCUUUACGAAAUACAAGACUUGGAUGUAAUCAGAUCAGCUUGUGCAAAAUUACAAAGUGCAACAGAAGAAAUUUCCAUAAGUGAUGUCUCUUUUACGCCAGUUGAUUGCAAUGCAUUAUUCGAAUUUCUCUCUGAAUGUAGACACAUAAAAAAAAUCACAUUUGAUGAAUGCAAAAUGCUUGAUAACGAUAGCUGUCUCAGAAUGAAAAUGUUUCUAUCCAACAACGCCUCGUGCACUCUAACUUCAAUCUCAUUUUUACGAUGUGAUUUUGGUAAUUAUUUUAUGAAACAUUUCAGUGACGCUUUAAAAAGCCAAAGCUGUCCAAUUACUGAAUUAUUGAUUGGUGGAAGUAAUCUUUCAAAUAAAAGCACCGAAUAUGUGAGUGAAGCUUUAAAGAGCUCAAAUUGCAAGCUGACCAAGUUAAAUUACGAAAGAACUAAAAUUUCCACAAGAGGUGUCGAGGUUCUUAGUGAAGCUUUAAAAAGUAAAAAUUGUAAACUUACUGAAUUGAUCAUUCAUACCACAAAACUAGAACUUAACUCUGCAAAAUACCUUAGCGAAGCAUUGCAAAGCGAGGAUUGCAAAUUGACUAAAUUAACCAUCUAUAAUAAUAAAAUGUCUGAUCAUUUUACUAAAUGCAUUGUUGAAGCUUUAAGUAAUCCAUUUUGUAAACUUACUGAACUAAGUAUUUGUGGUAGCAAUAAAACCGAUCUUUGCAUUAGAUACCUCAGUGAAGCCUUAAAAAGUGAAAAUUGCAAACUAACGAAAUUGGAUGUUAAUAUCUUUCAAAUUACCAAUGAAGUUAUGCAAGAUUUUAGUGAAGCUCUUGAAUCGGAGAACUGUAAACUUACUUCUCUAAGAAUUAAAAGUUCUAAUUUACCAGAUCAUUGUGUUGAAUAUCUCAGUAAAGCUUUGAAAAGGGAGAACAGCAAACUAAAAACAUUGCUCAUAAGGACAGUUAAAAUCGUUGAAGAAAGCGCUAAAGGACUUGGUGUAGCAUUAGAAAGUGAGAAUUGUAAUCUUACCACUCUGAAUAUUUACAUUUCUCAACGAACAGAUCAUUUUCUGAAACAUCUCAGCAAAGCUUUAGGAAGUGAGAAAUGCAAAUUAACAAACUUGCUUAUAAGUUGUACUGAAUUGACUGAGGAAGAUGCCAAAAAUAUGAGCGAAGCUUUACAAAAUGAAAAUUGUAGACUGACUGAAUUAGCAAUAAGUGGUACUUUUGUUACAUAUAUUUUCAUCAAAUAUCUGAGCGAAGCUUUGAAAAGCAAAAAUUGCAAGCUGAAAAAACUUUAUGUAGGGGGUGUAGAAAUGACUAAUGAAGGUGCUAAAGAUCUUAGUGCAGCUUUAGGAAACAAGAAUUGUAAGCUUAUUGAUUUCAAAAUUAAUGAUAUUCAAGUAAUAAAUGAAGGUGCUAAAUGCUAUCGUGAAACCUUGAAAAGUGAUCAUUAUAAAUUUACUAGUUUAGGAAUUCGUGGAUGUCGUAUAACAGGAGUGAAUUGAAAGCUGUCAUCUUUAAUCGAGUUUUAGGUUUUUCAAAGUAAAGGUCUAGUGGCAAUGUGAUACAUGAAAAAGCUUGUUUAUUCAAAGCCCAGAUAGGCAUCAGUUUUCAUUCGCGAUUCAGAUAUUUGCUAUUCGGCUUUAAACAAUUAUUUGUGUCCAUUUUCUUUUAAUUUUAAACUGUUAUCAAUUUGUUUUUUCUUCCACUAAGUCUCAGUGACACGUACAUGCAACUUUCCUUUUUUGUGGAUAGAAACUAGAGUUAGGAACAAACCUUUAUAAUGAUUAUUUACUUAUUACAAGAUUAUCUUAGCACUUUUCUUUGCUCGUCGUCAAUGUAAAUAAUACUGCAAACAUACGUAAGACAUGAUUAGUUUUGUAAAUUGAGCUUUGUUAUAAGCUUUAUAGUUAAAGUAAUGAUUUUGAACAAUAAUGUUUUUCCUUGUAAAUCACUAGCAUUCCUUAUAUUUCUAAUGCACGCUAUUCUAAUGUACGCACAGCCUCAUAAAUUCUUCUGGCGUUCCUCUAAAGUUAAAAAAGAGUUUUCAAAGUGCUUAUGGAAAAAUGUCAGCACUAUGUGCUUGUUCAAUACUACACUUAUCAUACCUUUCCUGCUAAGUGUUUCAAAGGCCAGAUUACGAAUGGGAUGCCUUCCUAUAUUAUAAGUCUGUGUUGUACACGUUUCUUUAAAGAUUUUCAAAAGUUAACACCAUUCCUUCCCUUUUGCGUGCGUUAGAAGAUAUAUGGGAUCUUUAAUCUCAUUAAUGUAAUGUGUAACAAUUAUUUACAUUUGUCAGUUCAUGAUAUCUGCACAAAAUAAAUGAUAUUCUGACUAAAAA